GGCUUAUGAACAAAGUAAUCUUAGUGUGAAGGGUCACUGAGAACUUAAGCCCUAUAGACGCGGUUUCACAUGGUAUCAUCCAGCUCGCUUGGAAGUUCUCUCGUGUCAGCCAGCAAACCCUCGUUGUCAACCCCGGUCGGUGCAUCCUUACUCCUACUACAUGUGGCUAUUAUCGUCGGCUCGCCGACGGCUAUGUCCGAGAGCCAUGCGUGUUCUGCAGUUGAUGCUAUGCACCGCAGCACUCCGCAUGGGGUACGUACAUCAGUUUUGCGCUCUUCAGGUCUGAGGACGACAAAGCUUUGUAGAUCAUCGUCAGCGGUAGCUACACCGAACAGGGAGUAAAAUCAGUCAUGGGUAGGGGCCUUGUUUUCUGCAGAGAGCAGCGCUGCAGAGCACCUUCUACAAGUAGGAAGGUUUCCGCAAAGAGAUAUGAAGCGUCGUCGCUUUGCGUGUCUCGCGUCCACGUCAGGUUAAUGAAUGUAACGCUAAGAUUCGGAUCCAAUAUGGGGCCCUAUGAUUUGGCAGGUUCCCUCUGCAUGGAUUAUUACGCGAUUGCGAUUUCCAUAUCAAGGGUUUCAUAUCUCUCCCACCCCCUGUCCUAGAUGACCGAAGGAGUUUGUAUAUCCCAUUGGUGGUAUCGCCCGGUAGCGCGGGCUAACCUGACUGUCCAGGAUAGCCGUGGUGGAGUUGCGGUCGGAAGCCAAUGGUCCUGCCGGAGGAGAUUAGAAUGGAUGCGUCUCUCCACUUUCAGGCAUUGGCUUGCGAAGCUCGACUUAAAUCUUGGGCUGGAGCUGGCGUUGAAGAU